AGAUACAAGAAUCGUGAGAAGGCGUUUGGCAGCACGUAGGAAAGAUAUAGAAGAAUAUAACUAGGAAGUUUAUAAGGACAAAGUAGCGUUCAAGUGUUGGUUGCGCGUAUUCCGGAGUUCAAUACUGUGAGACACAUUCAUACAUUGUGUGCGCAUAACACUCCCUUCCGUGCAGCAUGGAGUACCCGACGAAGGAAAAGCUUCAGCUGGACGCACACCCAGUACCUUCCGCCCCGUCAGCAGCGAAUCCCAGGGAAGAGAAUACCUGCUGUUGCGGCUGCAGUUGGCGGACUGGCGCCAUCACCAUCGCCAUCAUCUACCUGCUGGUGCACCUGGGUUUUGAAGGAUUUCUGAUCUUUCUCCUCUACAUGGAAGGCAUGAGAGAUGUUGGUCUCCGGGUUUUGAUCAUGAUUGGUGUAAUUGGAAUUGCAGUCAUCUUUAUCUCCUUGCUGUUACACGGAGCCAUAAAGCGCCGUUCGCCUUACCUCCUCGCUUGGAUGUGGUGGGAAGGCCUCAACAUUGGCCUCGGGAUCAUUGGCCUCAUCUUCUCCCUUUUCCUCAUGGGCGCCGCUGCACUGAGUGGCUUGCUUGGGGUUAGUCUCCGAUUCUGCUGCUUCUUCGUCGUCUAUGAAUACCGGUCAACCCUGAUCGCCCAGCCUCCGAAGCGAGAGGCCAACAACGCCCCGGCCUGAUUCUGCGGAGAUGCAGCCUCCUCCCCCACGCAGGGAAAUGGUCUUGGAACCUCUGGUGUUUCAUUGUGUGCGAGCGGCUUAA